GUUAACUUCCUGCGUGUGAGUUGGAUGUACAAAGGAAGGGCGAGCCUGGAGGGGGGGAUCUUCUUUUUUUCUCUCUCUUUUUCAAGAAGACAGAACUUCAUUCAUCCACCCUUCUGACUGUUAUCCCCCCCCCCCAUUUUGUUCUUCAUUUGCUUUGGAUGCCCAAAACUCGCACUACCAAUCUAGCUAGUGGGAGACCCAAUCCAAUCAACUCAAGGCUGGAUUAUGUCUCGGAUAGAAUCUUUGGCCAGGUCUAAAACUGAUCGGAAGAAAGAAAACAUCUUGAAGAACAAAGAAAAAGAAAGGAUGAAGGAAGGCAAAGAUAAAGACGCCCGCUACACCAAUGGGCACCUCUUCACUUCCAUUACAGUUUCUGGCAUGACCAUGUGCUAUGCCUGUAAUAAGAGCAUCACUGCAAAAGAGGCACUGAUUUGUCCAACCUGCAACGUGACCAUCCACAACCGCUGCAAAGACAGUCUGCCAAACUGCACCAAAGUCAAGCAAAAGCAGCAAAAGGCCGCACUGCUGAAGAACAGUUCAGCGUUGCAGACGGUGUCCCUCAGGAAUAAAACCAUCACAAGGGAGCGUCCCAAUUCUGCCAUUUACCCAUCAGAGAGUUUUCGGCAGACCUUGCUGGGACCCCGCAGAAGCCGUCCCACCUUGUCCCUUUCCAAAAGUGUCUCCACUACAAACAUUGCAGGGACAUUCAACGACGAAUCCCCCCUAGGCAUCCGGAGAAUCCUCUCUCAGUCCACCGAUUCCUUGAACAUGCGCAACCGAACCUUGUCAGUAGAAUCCCUCAUUGAUGAAGGAGCUGAAGUCGUUUAUAGCCAGUUGAUGAGUGACUUUGAGAUGGACGAGAAGGAUUUUGAUGCUGACUCCUGGAGUCUGGCAGUUGACAACAGCUUCCUGCAGCAGCACAAGAAGGAAGUCAUGAAGCGCCAAGAUGUCAUCUAUGAACUGAUCCAGACAGAGCUGCAUCACGUCCAGACCCUGAAAAUCAUGACCAACCUCUUUCGCAAGGGGAUGCUGGAAGACCUGCAGAUGGAUACAGCAGUGGUGCAGCGCAUGUUCCCCUGCGUGGAUGAGCUCAGUGAGAUCCAUGACAGCUUCCUGGCCCACCUCCUGGAACGUCGCAAGGAGUCUCUGGCAGAUGGUAGUCGCAAGAAUUUUGUAAUCAGCCGCCUGGGAGACAUCCUUAUCCAGCAGUUUUCAGGCACUACUGCUGAGCAAAUGAAGAAGGCCUACUCAGAGUUCUGCAGCCGCCACACCAAAGCCGUCAAGCUCUACAAAGACCUCUUCACCCGGGACAAGCGGUUCCAGCAAUUCAUCCGGAGAUUGUCGCGUUCAUCAGUACUUCGGCGGCAUGGGGUGCAAGAAUGCAUUCUCCUCGUCACCCAACGCAUCACCAAAUAUCCUGGGCUUAUCGAUCGAAUCCUGCAAAACUCCAAAG